AGCACGUCCACAUUCGCCACAGGCGACCCUGAAUAUACAGUGUCCGCCCCGUCAUCCCUCCGCGCUGCCUGCAAGCACCAAUCGUCCUCUCUCCAGCCGCCCUUCCGCUCGUUCCGACGCUUCAGCGAGGCCUGUGACGUACUAGUACUGUGGAUCUGCCAACUGCCUUCACAGCCUACUGCACGGCUCGCCGUGCCCGCCUAACAGCACAACACCGCUCUAUUCCUGUUCCUGCGCCAUGAGCCCGUGAAAAAUAACGCAGCAGCACUUUUUGGAGUCGCUCAUGGGGAAUAGCUCCGCACGGGGAACCCGCAGACCUCCACCACACUCGCUUUAUAUCGCGCCGCCGCCGUCGCCAUGCCAAUCGCCGUGGCUUCAGCUCUGCGCGGGCACGAUGUCUUCUCCAGCAAGUCGCGGGGCCGAAGUAGGGCGGCCUCAGAAGCCGGCCCUCUGCCCCCGGCUGACGACGAGAGGAAGCCUGAGCGGGCGCAGUUGCCCAAGGCGGCCUCGUACACGUACUUUCCGCGCGUGAAGAGCCUGGACGAGGAUGCGCCAUCGGAGGAAGACCUGAACAAGGGCAAAGACAUCGACGUCACGUCUGACAGCUCCUCAGGCGGAUCGAGUCCGUCCUCAGAGGAAGCCCCACAGGCCCUCGAGAUGCCGCAAUUGAGGCCUGCUGCCACCGCACGUCGGUCGUCGAGAUUCCUCCCCUUCUCCAGCAAGAGCAGGGAUCCCUCAAUUGAGCCCAAGCCUGAGCGCAAUCGCAAAGACGUCGUCAAGGAGACCGAGUCGCCGGGAAGCUCCCCAUCGAGAUCCCUGACGAAGCUGAGGAGGAAGUCAUGGGUCGUCUCACAGCAGCACCAGCAGCAGCAACAGCCGCCGCCCCCACUACCUAUCUCCAAUUCGCCUACAAAGGAGAGCAAAAAGGAGAAGAAGGCGGCACACAAGGAUGACAAAGCACAAAAGAAGGCCGCGGCUAUCGAGGCACCGAAAAGAAAGACGCCGACGAGCACAGACAGCAUUCCUGAGGAGGCUGAAGCCAGGAAUGAAGUAAGGGACGAGGCACAAGACACCGUAGACGAGCGACCGGCAGCCCUACCCCUCAGCAAGAAGAACAAGCGCCUCAGUGCGCUCCUGACUGCCAACGGGCCCGCUGUUCCCUCCGUGCCAAAAUCCUUCUCUACCGAACAACUUCCCCUAUACCCGCAUUCAGACAGUCCCCUUAGCCCGACCGACCGUGUCCCUCCACUUCCGCGCAACACCUCGACAGACAAGCUAGGCAACAAAAUCAAGACGGAACCACGUAAGAAGGAUGAGCUCUGGACCGUAUUCAGGACCCUAGAGGGCGAGCUGCGGAAGUUCCAGCACAAGUCCAGCUCCUUGAAGGCGAACAUCGUGCGAACGAGCCUGCUCCAAGACUUCAUCUACAAGUACGCGAACCACCCUUCGAACCAAAAGCUUAGACCGGAAGAUCUUGAUCGAAGGACGAACAUUCUCAAUGGGUGGUGGACCGGCCUGUUGGAGCUUGUGGCAGGACGCAAUAACCAGUCGAUAUCUGGGACAGAUCGACCAGUGAUUCUGGAAGGUUUGGCUGGGAUCAUGGAGAGACCGGAAUGGAGACUUAUGCCUUCGCCGUUCUGCGCGCUCGCUGACCGCGACGAGACGGGCUCGACUUUGACAUCUACUUCGACGACUUCCAGUAGCUCGGAUUUUCUGGCGGAAUCCGUCUACCACAACGUCAAGAACACGUUUCAGCAGAACUUGAUGUCUCAGAUGGCUUUCGUCGUUGAUAAGAUGACCCCGCGGAAUGCAGCAGCAAGUCUGGUCACGUUUUGCGGCAAGACUUGCGCGUAUGCUUUCUGCUUCUGUCCUGGAGUUGCCGACAUCAUGGUCCGACUCUGGAGCCCCUCGCUAGAGAUGAUGAAGCGUGUGCUGGAGGAAGCAGGCGUGUCGAGACUGGACAAGAUGGACGCCAUCUCCGAACGCAUUUCAGCCGCUUUCCCCCCGAAUCUUCACCCGCUCAAACUCCAGUCGUUGGCGAAGUUGGUGCGCACAUUGCGCGGCCCUCCAGCUGCAACACCGCCGCUGCAGAUCGCCAACCUCGACUGGUACGGACUAUGGAUCAAGCGCUGGUCAGGCGCCGAGAGCGAUCUUUUUUAUGUCUUCGUCAAGCACUACCAUAUCCUAAUCACUGGUUUCCUGCCAGGCGUCCUCACUGCCCAGGAGCGUGUUUGUGCGCCAGGCCUGCUCAUGGUACACGCGCAAAUUCUCGUUAACAUGGACGCAACAAUCAACAGGCACGCUUUGCCACAGCAGCAUGAGGAAUCUGGACCACAGUCGAUUACAUUUGACGAUGUACUGAGUGAACCAGACGCAUCUGCUUCCACAAUGGCUAUUCCACCAGCGAACGCCACACGGCAGAUGCAGGAGAAUCGACUGAUCAUGCUCAUACGAGAUUUCUUGUCCGAGGGCAAUUCACAUAUACACGUUGCUCGACACAUGUUCGCAGACAGUUUUGUAAGCUUACUUCAAGCACAAGCACGCAAGAUCUCCAUCUACGACAGCAAUGCGUGCUACACGCUCUGCGACUUUAUGGAAGAAGCGUUCGGGAUCCUGGUCAGAUACGAGCAACACAACAACGAGCACCACAAGGUCCUAGAGUGGCCAUUCUGGCUGAAAGUCUGCAAAGAGAUGACAGCAAGCGAGAACACAGCUACAGAGAUCAAGCUGUACUCGUUUCUCUACAGCAUCUGGGCUACCCUGGCUUUGGAUGAUCAUCGAAAGAAGAGCCUGUGCCUUGAAUUUCUUCUGGAGCCGGCAUUCUUUGAGAGCAGAUUCAAUCAUUGGUGUCCGAUGGUUCGCUCCUACUACAUGCGUUUGAUUUGUUGGCGCGUUGCACGGUUCGAUGGAGAGCCUUCUGAGGUUGAAUUAGAGAUCAAGACAGCGCUCAGCGAGCGCCUCCGCUCUGUUUGGUCUCACUACCUUUGGCUCACCGAAGAUGCCGACCGAUUGCAAAUUGCCUUUCCGUCGACACAGGCCUGCAAUCCAGCUCCAGGUCGACGAUUCCUUAUUAUACGUAAUGAUAAUCCCGUUGCGGCCAGCAAUGGUCCCUUUCUUACAUUCGACGGCGUUGUGCAAAAUCCUCACCAGCGGAAACCAUCCGCUUCCACACCAGUCCCGGAGCCUAUGGCGCAGAAGGUCGCAGCACUGGCGACAGAUACCACCGAUUUCCCGGACGAAGAGCCAGCCAAGGGCAAGUGGGGCAUGCUGAAAAGUCUUAUGGGGGGCUCGUCAAAAUUCAAGGCAGCUUCUAAAAGUAAGGAGAACAUUAACAGCACGACACCUCCAAAGAUCUCCCUUGAGAAGACGCCUGCGGAAAAACCAGCUCCUACACCGUCACCGCCAUCUCCUCCUACACAUCGCACGUACAGCUUCCGCUUCUCCUUGGAAUGGGUCGACAAACGCUUCGGUACCUACCAAAAUAUGCGACUUCAGCCGCCACGGCUACCUGUUGCAGCACAAGUUUUGCUGCAGCAGAAUGGCAUUCACAACGAGCUCGCAACUAGCAUCAAACCAACAGGGACAGCCGCGACAUCUAGCCGCUACGCCGGUCGUGCCCUUGCGGAGUGGACCUUCGUCUCGCACGAGUGCCAGAACUUUUUUGACCGAAGAAAGAACGAGGGCGUACCGACUAAUAAGCAGGUCGAAACACCCGCACUCUGCGUCGAAGCCUUCAGACGCCCCGGCUAGUUUCAAACGCGACCUUUUUUGUCAACAUGAUCAUCGGCAGGAACGAUCUCAUCCCAUCUUUCGCGCAGCAUUGGUUCUGCUUCACGGCCCCCUUGCAUAUGGAUACUCACCCGGCACUUUGAGAUCCUACGGCGUUGCAGUACUCUUGGUCCCGACUUGUUCGUUUGUACACAGUCCUUUGUAUACGUUCCUGCAUGCAUACAUGGCAGCGCGCUGCUUGCAUGCCUCGUUUUGCGAGCUCCAUUGCGUUCUUGUUGGGGUUCUUUUAUAAGGUAUCAUAUAGGCGCCGCUGAUUGUUGAUAUGCUGCAAAGCUCAAUACAUACGUAGGUUUAUGGUCAGUCAUAAGUUUCAAUCUAUUGUUGCUAUAUUA